AAUAUAAACGCGGGCUUGUUGAACUGAACAUCAGUUACAGAGAAGUGCGCCCGUAGAAGCAGAAGUCUAUCCAUCACUAAAUAAUCGCUGGUGUAUAAUUUCUUUCAGUAAACAAGGAAAGCCACACCGUAAUUCAGUUAUUGGUCAAAUCAUCGCUGAAUCAAAGAGUAUGGUUGCAAUGGAUGAAAGUGACAUAUUAAUCUGGCCCCUUGCCCCACUCACUGUUGUAAACAUGGCUAGUUCUCUGAGUCAGAAGUGCAUAGUUAUUGACUGCCGUUCAUUUCUGUCAUUUAACGCCUCGCAUAUCAAGGGGUCACUGAACGUUCACUGCCCACCUAUCUUGAAACGAAGACUCCACCGAGGAACAUCCACUUUAGAUUGCUUACUCACGUCUCCAGAGUCGAAACGAAGGCUUGCCGACGCAGAAACUUUGAUUUUAUAUGAGGAUAGAACACAGGACUGGAAAGACUUGGAAAUGGACAAUACAAUGAAGAUAAUUUAUAUGCUUCUAAGGAGGGAGAGAAUAAACAAGAACUUAUAUUUCAUUAAAGGAGGCUUUGAAAGGUUCUCCUCCUCGUACCCUUCGAUGUGCUACUUUGCUAAACCACAAUCGCCGUCACAAACAACUACAUCUCCGCUUGGGUUAAAGCUUAAAACGAAAGAUUCUAAAAGAACAUUCAGCCCGAGACACGACACAGAAAUGAAGGAUUUCGCCGAGUCACGUCCAAGUUCGUCAGUGAAUGCAAAUGAACCAGUGGAGAUUUUACCACAUUUAUAUCUUGGAAGUGAAAUUCAUGCGUCCCAGAAAGAGCUUCUUCAGCGCCUGGGGAUUACUGCUAUUGUGAAUGUAUCAAGAAAUAUUCCGAACUUUUUUGAGGAGGCAUUUCAUUACAAGUCUAUUCCAGUAGAUGAUACUUAUACAGCAGAUAUUGGCCGAUGGUUCGAGGAAGCUGCUGCGUUUAUAGACUCAGUGAAGAACUCAAAAGGAAGAGUGUUGGUUCACUGCCAAGCAGGCAUCUCCAGAUCAGCUACCAUUUGCCUCGCCUACCUUAUAAGCAGGCAUCGGCUGAGGCUAGACGAAGCUUAUGAGUAUGUCAAGAAAAGGCGAUCGGUCAUAUCUCCAAACUUUAAUUUCAUGGGACAAUUACUGAACUGGGAAUCAGAGACUCAACUGACCGAGAGAGCAACGAGCAGUACUGAGCUGUUAAUAAACACGCCCACAACAAGCUGUACGGUCACUUCUCCAUUUGGGUUCUUUAGCUUUUCGUCGCUGCCAUGUGGAUCAGGGAUAACUCCAUCUGGUAACGAACAGAAUUCACCAGGACUUGUUACAUCACCCAUGUAGUUCAUCGGUAAAAUAGCUAGGAAAAGAAAAGCGAAAAAUAAUGUCACCAGUUUACAUCAGUUUAACGUUGAGGUUGUUUAAACAUGUUGAAAUAAUAUAAACUUGGAAGUUCAUGACGCAAUUUUUUCAAGCUUAACUCUGAAGAAAAUUAAUCUUUUUAGAAAGAUUUGUUGACAAAGAGCAAAGUAUUGUUUCGAUUCACUAAGCAUACGUUAUUCAAUUGUGUCUUAAUCGCAUCGUUGCCGAAAUAAUUUAUUUUCCCCAUGGUACUCCGCAUAGAUUAGCUGAUGUGUAGAAUAAAAGCAUUCUCAAUGUAUAUUGUAAAUAUAUCUAAAAUUGUUUUCCAAAGUAAUAUUUAAAACGAAGACAUUACCAAGAGGAUUUAUUCAUGUCUUCUACUCUUACAACGAAAGAGUUUGGUAAAAACUGAUAUGAGCCUGAAAUUCACUCGUGCUCUACUUGAUACAUACGUGAAUAUUUUUGUAAAAAAGAGAAUAUAUGAAAAGCCACUCAUCUUAUUAAAUGACAAACAUACACUUAUUUCAUGUUAACGAGGGAGACUCAGAAAAUAUAAAGUUUGUUUCUCGAGCUUUGUCAAAUAUGUAAGAAGAAAAUGGACUUAAAAAGUAUACUGUAUAUAAAAUAAAAUAAAAUAUAUUGUAAAUCGAAAAGAUAAAUUGAAAGAUAAUACAAGAGGAAAACAAACGUCUGCCACAAAAUGAUGUAUUAAAAUAAAAAGAAAAACAAAAUAAAAACAGUCUUGUUUUGUGCGAAUUGAA